CUUCCCCCAGCGUACUGUCACAGAAUUGGCAUUUGAGGCUACGUGAGAUUUCUGCGAGCGGAUUUAAGAAUCCCGCGUGGUGGGAAUUCUGACUUGAGAUGUGGUUUGUGAUGCCGGCUUCCUAGAAUAAGGCCACUCCUGUAAAGGAAAAAAGUAAGUCUCAAGCCCAGAAAUUCAUCCUUGCUAAGGAUACCCUUGAUGAGACACCAUUACCAGGAUUUCAGGACAGAUCCUAAAUGUGGUGGCCACUUCCUAAAAGCUGUUAAAAAUGACCAAGUCCCAGGGCUUAUUGUCAUUCAAUGAUGUGGCUGUGGAUUUCACCUGGGAAGAGUGGCAGCUGCUAGACAUUGUUCAGAAGAACCUCUACCGGGAUGUGAUGUUGGAAAAUUAUAGCAACCUAAUGUCAUUGGGUUAUCAAGUUACGAAGCCAGAACCAGUGAUGCACUUGGAGAAAGAAGAAGAAAAAGAAAAAGCAGUAGUAGAGAGGGAAUUCCCAAGUGAGUGUGGCCCAGAAAGACCCCAUAAAUGUGUCUCAAGAGGAAUAAGUUUGAAACAAAAUUCAGACCCAAGUUUUCAGAGUAAAAGCUAUGCAGAAAUGAACUCUGAUGAGUUAAAUGGUUAUGGGAAGUCAUUUUUCUGUACUCUACAUGAAACCUCCCACCCUCGAGCCCAGUACUGUGAACAUAAUUUAUGUGUGAGGUCUUUCAGUACAGUAACAAAUCUUAAAAGACAUCACAGAAUUCACACAGAAGGGAAACCUUACGAAUGCAGUGAAUGUCCCAGAUCCUUCAGGUAUAAGUCAAAGCUCAUAAUACACCAGAGAACCCAUACGGGAGAGAAGCCAUACAGAUGCAGUGAAUGUCAGAAAGGUUUCAGUACAAAAUGUCAUCUCACUCUGCACCAGAGAACUCAUACAGGAGAGAAACCGUAUGAAUGUAUCGAGUGUCAGAAAUCCUUUAGAACAAAAUAUCAUCUCAUUCUACACCAUAGGACUCAUACAGGAGAGAAACCCUAUGAAUGCAAAGAAUGUGGAAAAGCUUACAGGGAAAAGACGAAGCUCAGAUUACAUUACAGAACACAUACAGGAGAGAAACCUUUUGAGUGUAGUGAUUGUGGGAAAGGUUUUAUGCAAAAGUCAAACCUGAUUAUCCAUCAAAGAAUCCAUACAGGAGAGAAACCCUAUGGAUGUAAAGAAUGUGGAAAGACCUUCUGUAGUAAGUCUCAGCUUGUUGUUCACCAGCGAAAUCAUACAGGAGAAAAAUCCUAUGAAUGCAGGCAAUGUGGAAAAGCCUUCGAUAAAAACUUGCACCUCAUAACACAUCAGAAAAUUCAUAUCAGAGAGAAACAAUAUGAAUGCAGUGAAUGUGGAAAAGCUUUUGUACACACAUCACAGCUCAUUCUACAUCAGAGAAAUCAUAUAGCAAGAACACCUUAUGAAUGCGAGGGAUGCGGGAAAGCCUUUAAUAAAAAGUCACACUUCAUAACCCAUCAGAGAAUUCAUACGGGAGAGAAACCUUAUGAAUGCAGUGAA